AUCGUGUUUCCCUUCACGCAGUGUUUGAGCCUUUGGUGAAGUAAAAUGGGAUAUGAUUGAGUGUGGGCUGGUAGUUCGGUAGCCGACGGAUUGAAUGCUCGUUGACGCCAAAACCGAUACAAUGGCCGAGUUAUCGCUCGUAGUUUUACCAGCCGCUCUCGCUGUCACAUUUUGCGUGCUUCCAAUGUUCAGGAAAACGUUUGGGGGCGUUAUUCAGGUCUUGGUAUCUAAGACCAUUAAUUACUAUCUGUUGUGGAAAUAUCCGAUUUCCUCUUUCUCAAGCAAUCGCAAGCUUCCAACUUGCUGUUAUCAAUGGCCAAAUGGACAGGGCGACGUUGCCAAGUUUUUAGAGGGGGAAAGUAAUAGUGCGCAAUGGGGAAAUAAAUACGGCAGGGUUUAUCGAAUAUGGAAUGGGCUCACGGGUGAAGUGGUAUUGCGAGAUCCUAUUGAUAUACAAACUGUUUUCAAGGACUCGGACAAACACGUCAAAGCUAUCAACAACCACGCGGGGUGGCUAAUGGGGCAGCUUCUUGGGCAGUGUGUCGGGUUGAUCAGUGGACCUCGAUAUAAAAACCUACGGUCGGCGACGAACGCAGCCUUCACGCAGACCCAGGCCUCGACGUAUAUGGACCUGAUAGCAACAGCCGUCAAAAACCAUUUCGAGACUCUUGCCGAAGGGUGCUUAAAGAGAAAUCGGAUCAAUCCGGUUGCUGAUCUCAGGUUCCUUCCAUUCCAUAUCAUGGCAUGCAUCAUUUACGGCCCACUGAGUCAAAAUCUCCAACAUGACUUAGAAGGGUUGAUAGAAUUGAGGGAGUCGCUUUGGCAACGGAUGAUGCAAGGGGGAAUCGUUCGUUACUCGUGGGGGCGGCAUCUGCUUCCAACAGUCUCAAAGAAUUUGGUUGAGUUCAAAAGGCGCUGGGCCAAGUUCAACAAUGAUGCCCAAGCUCAUGCGGCAAAACUCGCAACAACACGAAGAGUGCCAAUAUUGGAUUGGUACGACACAGUAGAAAGCGGCGACAUCACUCAUGAAGAGUUAUUACAGACGAUUGACGAGAUGCUCUUCGCCAACCUCGAUGUCACGAUGGGAGGGCUGUCUUGGAUUCUGCUCUUCCUUGCAGCGAAUCCCACCGUUCAGGGCGAUAUUCGGCACGAGAUGACCGGGCUAUUCAAAGAAGCUUCAAACGAAGAGAUGAAUAACUACAUACAAAGAUCAAGCACGCUCUUGGCUGCCUCAGCCUUAGAGUCUAGUCGCCUCAAGCCCCUCGCCGCAUUUUCAGUCCCGCAAUCCGCGCCGACAGACCGUGUCGUAGGAGGCUAUACUAUGCCGGCCGGCACACACUUCAUUGUUGAUACUCACGCGUUAAAUGUUGAAAAUCCAUACUGGGGCUUCGACAGCGAUCAAUACCGGCCAUCCCGAUUCCUAGAAAAGAAACCAUCGGAGAUGCGAUACCAUUUCUGGCGCUUUGGCUUCGGCCCUCGCCAGUGUCAGGGGAAGCAUGUCGUUGAUCUCAUUAUUCGAUGCAUAAUCGCUCAAUUGCUUGAGAACUACGAUUUGGAAUUGGAUGAUGACACAUGCUGGGAGAAGAAUCCGUCGACCUGGAUCCUUCAUCCUAACACUGAGAUUAAAUGCUGGGAAAGGCGGACGAAAUUGCGCGACUGAAUGGGACGUAAUUGUGUAUUUUCUAAGUAGAAGUAUGACCGUAGUUAAAGGCUGAUAAGGUGCACCGCGUCAUAUUACCAUUGUU